AUGUGCCAGCCUAAGUUUCUUCCGGAGCCGGAGGCCCCUACCGUGGGCUAUGGAAGCAGGGUCCGGCUUCCAACGGGCAACCGCUCGCGAACCAUUUCCCUGCAGGAGCUAAUGGAGCAUUUUCACCUUCCGAUAAACGAAGCUGCUUGCAAGAGUUUCUCCCCUGCUUUUGACCACAUGACUAGCCAGUGGUCUUUAUCCCCUUUUAAUAAAUAUGAAGGAUCGACGGCAUCGGCGGGCGAUGGCAGGUUCGUCCCAAAUCCGUUCCAGUACAAUGCGCGGGUGGCGUCGGCGCUGGUACCGUGCGUGCUGGUGCUGCUGGGCGCGGGAGGGCCCGUGGUGGUCGGCACGCUGGUGGCGGGGCUCAUGCUCUCGUACGUGCUCGACGCGCUGCAGCUCAAAACCGCCGCGUUCGUCGCAAUCUGGACGACAUUCUUCUCCACCGCUGCCGCCAUCGCGUUCUCGGGGGUCGGCUUCGCGCCACACGUGCCCGUGCCACUGUCGCUGCUGGUGCUGCUGUCGUCCGUGAACCUCGUGUUCCUGUGCGGCGUGUGGGUGUCGCUGCAGUUCCGAUGGCUGCAUCUCGAGCACCCCUUCGUCGUCCUCACACUCGAACGACUGCUCUUCGCCUGCACGCCCCUCACCGCCGUCGCCAUCGUCACCUGGGGGCUAGUCGCCUCCGUGGGGAUCGUCUACGCGCCGUAUUACCUCGUGCCCGUGCUGUUCGCGCUCUUCUGGCUCUUCUCCCUCCCCGCUCCCUCCUCCUUCCGCGCCGCGAAGCACCAUCCGCGGCUCCGUGCGAAAGAAUCUGACGACGUGUUCAUUCUCGGGUCGCUGGAGAGCGCGAUUCACGCGGCCGUACUGCUGUUCCUGCCAUUGAGCUUCCACGUGGCGGUGCAUCGCAACCGUUGGAUGGAGUCAGCGGGUGAUAUCUGCGAUGAUCUGCUGCUCUUCUUCCUGCCCGUGCUCUUCCUGCUCGUCGCGUCCACCCGAGGCGCGCUGCACUGGCUCGUCUUAGACCACUCCAAGCUGCAACACGUGCGUGUGGUGAACGGGGCAUUCGCACUGGCAGUGGUGCUGGUGUGCGGGGAGGUGCGGGUCAUCUUCCCGUCCUUCGCGCACUACAUCCACUUCCCGCCGCCCCUCAACUACAUCCUCGUCACGCUUGCCCUCUUUGGCCUCGCCUUUGGCUUUGCUGCACACUUGCUGGGGCUCAUUACAGGGCUUGUGGGCACGUCCGUGCUCAUGACUGUGCUGCUCGUCUCCUCACUUGCUGCAUCCCUCGUGCUUGGCAUGCCCCUCACUAUGCUCCCAGCGCCCGCCAUAGCAGCAGUGUACCUGGCACACUUCCACUCCUCCCGUUCCCUGACCUCCUACCUCAUAUUCGCAGCAGCAGCAGCCAUCGCUGCCACCUGGUUCGUGCUCGACCACUUCUUCUUCCUCGCCCUCUCCGUCGCCGGCGUGCCGCUGCGCUCCAUCUGCCAGGGGAUGCUCGCUGCGCUGCUGCUCGCACUGCUCGUGCCCGCCGCCACGCUGCUGCAUCGGCCGCAGAGGGUGACUGGGGUGCUGGUGGUGCUGCAGGCGCUGCUGUUCGCAUGCGCUGGGAGGUCUGCUGAGCUGCUGCAUUGCCUGCAGCGGGUUGCUGGGUGGGGUGCUGGUGGUGCUACAGGCGCUGCUGAUCGCAUGAGCCUGCUAUACAACGGGGACGGGCGGGCGGAGGAGGGCGUGUAUCCGAGCUUCCUGGUGGUAACCACCACGGUGGCAGGGCUGGCAGCGGUGCAGCGGUUACACGCGGAGCACAAGAUAGGGGCGGUGGCGGAGUGGGUGGGGUGGUGUGUGUACCUGGCCAAGCUGCCCAUGCUCGCUGUGUCAUCCCCUGGCGCCACGCUCUCCUCCCUGCUGCUUCUGCUUGCUAUCACCCCGCCCUUCUUCCUCUACCGGUACAAGGCCCAUGCGCGCUCGCGCAUGCGCCCAGGAAUGGCGGUGGUGCAUGCAGCAGCGGCAGUGGCAGCAGUGGUGCACGCGCGCUUCAUGCUAUUCGACAUCGCCGUGUCCCUCACGGGCCACCGCCCCUCCCACGCUCUGCUCAUUGGUGCUCUGCUGCUCGCUGCCAUUGCUGCGUGCCUGCCCAUCCUCCUCCUCCACUUUCCCCACUCCAUGGUGAGUAGUGAACGCAUGUCACAUGCCUCUCUCCGCAUGGUGCAUACCGCUCUGUGCCUAUUCAGCAUUCACCUGCACACCACCCUCAAUCGCCCACACACUUCUUCUUUCCUUCCUGUGCCACUCCAUCCGUUGCUUGACACCACAUUCUCAACCCAGAUUACAUGCACCGUCUCUCAUCCCUCCCAUCCGCCCCCUUUUCCUGGAUUCAUCCAUCGCCUUCACUCUCUCCCACUCACAACACCCUCUUUCCCUUUCACCCCCUUCCCCAUCCCCACCCCUCCCUCACAUCUCUCCCCCCAAUUCUCCCAGCCUGCAAGGCGAGCAGCAGCACUAGCAGCAGCGGGGGCAGCGCUCUUCAUGUGCGUGCAGCCGCCCCUCCCCCCCGCAUGGCGCACGCUGCGAGCAGCAGCGCUGGCAGCAGCGGGAGCAGCGCUCUUCAUGUGCGUGCAACCCCCACUUCCCCCCGCAUGGCGUGCUCUCUGGGACUCGGCACACUUCCCCGACGAGGAUGACCCCGACGAUUCCACCAUCUACGCCCUCCCCACGCACGGCCCCCUCUGGCCCGCCUGGCUGCUCCUCUCCCUCAUCCUCUCCGGUCUAGCUGCUUUCCUCCGCGCGAUCCCCAUAGGGGAGGUGGAGGCGGUGCGGGUGGGGUACGCAGUAGGCAUGGGUGUGGCUACUGGUGUGUAUCUGCAGGCAGAGUUCUUCCUCUUCCUGCCGCUGCUGCCGCGAGCUCUCCUCUUCCUGGCGGCCAUAGCAGGGGCGCUGUUUCUAGUGCUGGCUCAUCGGCCGCCCUCGUGGAUCGCACCCCACUCACCGCUGCUGCCGGGGCUGUUUGCGGUGCAGGCGGCGCUGCUGCCGCUCACGUACCUGGCUGUGGGGAGGGCGGCACUGGUGGAGGUGCAGCGGGAGGGCGAGGCGGGCCAGGAGUAUGACUUGUAUGAUGACACGCGGCGACAGGUGAGUUUUGAGAAUUCUCAAAAGUAUGACUUGUAUGAUGACACGCGGCGACAGGUGAGUUUUGAGAAUUCUCAAAAGUAUGACUUGUAUGAUGACACGCGGCGACAGGUGAGUUUUGAGAAUUCUCAAAAGUAUGACUUGUAUGAUGACACGCGGCGACAGGUGAGUUUUGAGAAUUCUCAAAAGUAUGACUUGUAUGAUGACACGCGGCGACAGGUGAGUUUUGAGAAUUCUCAAAAGUAUGACUUGUAUGAUGACACGCGGCGACAGGUGAGUUUUGAGAAUUCUCAAAAGUAUGACUUGUAUGAUGACACGCGGCGACAGGUGAGUUUUGAGAAUUCUCAAAAGUAUGACUUGUAUGAUGACACGCGGCGACAGGUGAGUUUUGAGAAUUCUCAAAAGUAUGACUUGUAUGAUGACACGCGGCGACAGGUGAGUUUUGAGAAUUCUCAAAAGUAUGACUUGUAUGAUGACACGCGGCGACAGGUGAGUUUUGAGAAUUCUCAAAAGUAUGACUUGUAUGAUGACACGCGGCGACAGGUGAGUUUUGAGAAUUCUCAAAAGUAUGACUUGUAUGAUGACACGCGGCGACAGGUGAGUUUUGAGAAUUCUCAAAAGUAUGACUUGUAUGAUGACACGCGGCGACAGGUGAGUUUUGAGAAUUCUCAAAAGUAUGACUUGUAUGAUGACACGCAGCGACAGGCAGCGCACACAGCACUAAUGGGCAUCUACUGUGUCUACUUCCUGCUCGCUGCUCUCCUCAUCAACCUCAACCUCUCCUCGCCCCGCCCCUCCUCCUCCGCCUCCUCCCUCUCCUCCUCCUCUUCUGACCCUACUGACCUUCCAUCUGCUGCUAAUGGCGCCUCUGCGCUGCCCCAGACCUCGCCCUUCGCCCCCAAGCAUCGAUCCUUCCAGCCACUUUCCCCGUCCGCUACUGCAUCCUCUCCAUCCUCUUCUAGUCACCCCACCUCCCCCCAGCAGCGGCACAUGGGUGUGGUAGCGACCUUCAUGGCGCGCUCGUCAUGGAUGCCCUGGAUCACCAUUCUUGUCCUCAUCCUCUCCAUCUUCCCCCCUUUUUCCCCCACCACCCCAAACCAGCAGCGGCACAUGGGUCUACUAGCGACCUUCACCACGCGCGCCUCAUGGAUGCCCCUAUUGGGCAACGCAGCCACACUCGCCUCCUUCCUGCUCGCACUCUCUCUCCUCACCACCCUGGCGCAGCACGACAGCGACCAACGGGCAAUCUUCCUCAUCGCACCCAUCCUCCUCCUCCUCAACCCCCACCUCUCCUUCCCCUCCGCCUUCUCCCACCGCCGCCGCUACUUCCCCCUUACCCUCGCCUGCUCCGCCUACCUCGUUCUCUCCGUGCUGGUAACUGUUACAGCUGAAGCAGCCACGGCCGUGCAUUACUGGGGGUGGAGCUGGGUAACGCUGGGUUACAAUGUAACGCAGCUGGCGUGGACAGUGGGCAUGGUGCUGCUGUGUGUGCCCAUGCACGUGCUCUUCAACCUAUUCAUGUGGGACAAUGUGUGGAGGAGUGAGUAUCUACUGCUGCUGCUUGCGCCAAUGUGUGUACCAGCGGUGGUACUGCCAGGGGAUACGCCAGUGGUGCGGGUGGUGGGGGUGCUGGGGUUGAUAUAUGCCUUCCUGCAGCUUCUCAUCUCACGCCACUUACGUGUUGCUGGCUUAAGACUGAUCUAG